AUGGCAAGUGUGAGUGAGAGUGAGUGUGUUGCACUGUUGUCACAACAAACUACGCAAAUGAAGAACGGAAAACGAAGCGCUCUUUCAGAUCUCACAAACUCAAGCCAUUUUUCUUCUUCAUCCGUUUCUUCAUCAGCCACCAUUGAACCAAUCAAGAAAAAUCAAAUCAACAUUCGGAAAACCUGUUUAACUCCGCUUGACGUUAAUCCAUCAACCGUUCAUCGCACAAAGAAUCAAAUCAACACUGAACCUCUUCCUAGCGCGUUAACAGUUCGAUGUAAAAAGAAGCAACGCAUUGUGUCGAAUGAACAAGAGGAGCUGGAGGAUUACAUUGAAAAGCAGAAGGCGUACUUCAAACAGAUCGAUGAAUAUGAACUUGAAGAAGAGGAGGUUGAAGAAUAUAUUGAUGAGUGA